AUGUGGCCGUACUUUUUCUCUUCUCCCCUCUGUUGUCCAACUUUUUCUCUCUCUUGUUCAACUUUUUCUCUCUCCUGCCACGCGCCUUCACUUCCACACUCCUAUAUUUUGGAAACCAUUCUUGAUCCAAGCAACCUUUUACCAGCCAAUGGACUUGAAGAGGUCUACCAAAAUGGUGUUAAUGGCAAAUUGUCUAACUCUAAAAUGGAUGGUAUUGCCUCAAAUGUAGACCCUGCUAUCACCAAAAUUGCACAAACUGAAGCUCCAAAUGGAAUUUCUAAAAAUUUCAUCCAAUAUGAUAGCACUGCGACUGAUUUCUCAUCCAAGGCAGAAAUCAAGGAAGGAUUAGGUGACUGCAUAGGUGUGAACAAUGUCACCAUUUCUAAGGAAGUAGAAGCAGAAAUCGUAGAUCAGACAGAGCAAUCAAAAGCAGGAAAAUGUAUUGUCAAGAGUAAGAAUGCAAAGUCACCAAGCCCCAGAGGUGUUCAUGCAAGUGCAAUUAAAAAGAACAUAGAUGGAAAAGGUGAAAAGGUAGCAUCUACUGUUUCCAAUGGUACUUUUGCUUCAGACUCCAUCCCAAGAGAGCAUAUUAAAAAUAGAUCAUUGACCGACAAGCAGGCUCGAUUGUCGAAGGUCUGUCUUAGUCACAUGGCAUGCCAAGUUGGUGAUGGAAUUGCAGGUUUAGACGAAGUCACCUUUCUUUACAGGCUAACGCCUGGUGCUUGCCCCAAGAGCUAUGGUGUUAACGUUGCUCGGAUAGUUGGACUUCCAACUUCUGUGCUUCAGAAAGCUGCUUCCAAAUCUAGAGAAUUUGAGGCUAGUUAUGGUAAAUGUAGAAAGGUGUCUUCUGAAACAAACUCUCCCAAUAAAACUAAGUCGCACGCGAUCGACAACAAGACGCGCUUCUGCACCAACACUCAAUAG